AUGGUCUCCUAUCCUUUGCUCUUUCUAGCUUUUCUACACCUAAGGAUAGUGCUAGGUGCGGUAUCCUUAGAUGAACUGGCCUCCAAAAUCAACCAUCUCCGGUCCCAACGUCGCUCAAAACCUCUCCAUGAAGUAGAGCUCGUCUCCCCCUCUCGUCUCAAGCUGCUAAACACCUUGGAACCCGAGACACAGAGAACAUACAGCUCGAACUGGGCCGGCGCGGUACUCCACAACCCAGCCCCAAGCGCAGCAUACACCUACGUCUCGGCAACCAUAACUGUCCCAACUCCAACCCCCAGCCCAAGCGACAGCACUACCUACCAGGCUGCUUCUGCUUGGGUUGGCAUUGACGGCGUCACCUCCACGAAGGCAAUACUACAGACCGGCUUUGACCUGUACGUUAUAGAGGGAACCCCACUCAUCGAUGCGUGGUAUGAAUGGUAUCCAGGUUUUGCCCGAUAUUAUGCGGAUUUCACCGUGAAUCCAGGGGAUGUAAUCGUGGCUUCUGUGAAUGUAACUGCGCCGGAUCAGGGAGUGUGUCUGAUUCAGAAUCAGAGUACCGGGGAGGCAGUGUCACAGACAGUCUAUGCGCCAGAUAGCUCGGCGACAGUGGUUGGGUGGGACGCGGAGUGGGUGGUAGAGAACUUUGAUUCGGACGGUGAGCCCGCACCGCUUGUGUCGUUUGAUCCGGUUCAUUUUGAGAAAUGCGCUGCUUAUGCUGGUGGUGUUGGACAUGGAUUGGAAAAUGCCACGGUUUAUGAAUUGGUCAAGAAUAAGAUGGUUGUCGCUGGUGUUAAGGUUGUGCAGGACGACAUGGUUAUUACGCGCUUUGGGGUCUGA